AUCCAGCCGCUGCCGAGACAGGACGCGUUAGACGAGCGAAGUUUUAGCGUGUGUGUGUGCGUGUGUAAUAAGUGUAAUAAGUGUAAUGUAAUAAAUAAGUUUUAAUUUGUUGUAAACCGCAAUCGUCCGCGUACCGGCAUCAUUGUCUCCCCCGAUAUCAUCAACAUAAAAGUGGCGACGAGGAAAUUUGGUAAAAAAAAGUGAUACACACGCAGAGCAACAAUUCCUUCCUCACGCAAACGCCGUCGUACGGACUCAUCGAUGGAGGAAGAGCAGCGCCGUCUCUCGCAGCAGUUCGAAACCCCGGGUACUGCGUUACUACAACCCGGAUACGGCCAACCGCUCCCGCCAAACGCUCCAGCGGUCGAGCAGCAGGGAUCUCAAGCGUCCUCGGCACAUUUUUCGCCAUCGCUAUCAUCAGCGCCCACAAGCCUUCAUCCGCCAUCGCUCGCUCCAGCCGCUUCGAUGCAGCACCCGCCAUCGCUACCAGGCGUGUCACAAAACGGUGAGCCAACAAUGUAUCAAAUAAUGCAGCUUCUACGCCAAUUAAUGACAAAAAUUGAGCAACAGCCACCAGCAUCACUGCCCACAAACGCAUCGCAGCAGCAGCUACCAGUAGUGCAUCCGCCAAGUGCAUCACAGCAGCAACCACUAGUAUCGGAAAUCGCGUCGCAACCGCAGCAGCAGCAUCGGUCAGCUCCAGCCAAUCCGGAGCAAAUCCUGGACUCGCUGGCGAGAAACAUCACCGAAUUCCGCUUCGAGGCUGAAGCCGGUCUAACGUUCGAGGCGUGGUACUCGCGCUACGAGGAACAUGCUGAAAUCACCCUCGAGCAAUUAUCGGCGGAGUGUAGUCGUCUGGUGGCAUUAAAGAAGCAAAAUGCGAUGAUCAUUGGAGAAAAAGAGGAGCGAGUGUUGGCAAUUCAAAAUGGCGCGCGCCGUAGCCAUCAUGGGUUUCGCGGCAAAGGAUUGCGCUCGCGUCCCAUACAUCGUGAUGACCGGUCGGGAAAACCAAGUAACCCUUGUUGGUUCUGUGGAGCUUUGCAUUGGGUGAAGGAUUGUCCGCAUACUAACCAUAAGUGUCGUGAAUGCGGUGAAGUUGGUCAUCUGGAGGAACGCUGCCGCAAGCAGAAGCAUCGGGCUGGCCGAAAGUUUUAUCGCCCAACGCGAUUUGCUAAAACCGUCACGGUGUGCAGCGUACGGGCUAGUCGCAAGUUUGUGGAAGUUUCCAUCAAUGGAGUUGGCAUCCGGUUGCAGCUAGAUACGGGUUCAGAUAUAUCGGUCAUAGGUCGUUCAGCGUGGGAGAAAGUAGGGAAGCCGUCAUUGGUGCAGCCUACCGUUUGCGCAAAGACUGCCUCUAAUGAAAGGCUGGAGCUACUUGGCGAGUUUAGAGCAGAGGUUGCCAUUUGUAAUGCUACCAAGCCGGCGAUCAUCCGUGUGGCUCAAGUCGAUUUAUUGUUACUGGGAGCAGACUUGAUUGACCUUUUUGCUCUUAGCUCCGUUCCAAUGGAUGUGUUUUGCGCCAAAGUUUCGACGACCGCACAGAUUCCCAAGGAAUUGCAGAGCCGUUUUCCGGAAGUUUUUCGUGGCACAGGGCUUUGCACGAAAGCGCAGAUCAAGCUGCAGCUUAAGGAUAAUUGCCGUCCAGUGUUCCGCCCGAAGCGACCGGUUGCAUACGCAAUGCAGGCUACAGUAGAGGAAGAGCUCGAUCGCCUGGUCCAGAUGAAUGUGAUCACACCUGUUGAUUACUCGGAAUGGGCGACACCAAUAGUCGUCGUACGCAAAAGCAGUGGAGCUAUUCGAAUCUGCGGCGAUUAUUCGACGGGGUUGAACGAUGCGUUGCGUCCGCAUGAAUAUCCGUUACCGCUCCCCGAUGAUAUUUUUGCAAGAUUGGCCCAUUGCAAAUUUUUUAGCAAAGUGGAUUUGUCAGACGCAUUUUUGCAAGUUGAGAUUGAAGAGCGUUACAGGCCCCUUUUAACGAUCAACACGCAUCGAGGUCUUUACCUUUACAAUCGUCUGCCUCCUGGAUUAAAGGUUGCGUCAGCCGCGUUCCAGCAGAUAAUGGAUGCGAUGCUCGCCGGAUUGUGUUACACUUCUGGCUAUCUGGACGACGUUGUUGUCGGGGGAAGAACUGAAGAAGAGCACGAUGAAAAUCUCAACAAGGUGCUUCAGCGUAUUAAAGAAUUUGGGUUUACUAUCAAAGCUGAGAAGUGUGCUUUUAAGACGCAUCAGAUAGAGUACCUCGGGCACAUAAUUGAUCGUACUGGCCUUAGACCAAAUCCAAAGAAAAUUGAUGCUAUUGUAAACCUACCAGCUCCAUCAAAUGUGAAUGAAGUCCGCUCGUUUUUGGGUGCCAUUAAUUACUACGGAAAAUUUGUGCCUAACAUGCGGAAUUUGAGAUACCCCCUGGAUAACUUGUUGAAAGAUGGCAAUCAGUUUGUAUGGACGAAGCAGUGCGGAGAGGCCUUCAGAAAGUUCAAGGAAAUAUUAAAGUCUGAUCUGCUUCUGACACAUUAUGACCCUACGGCUGAAAUCAUAGUAGCCGCAGACGCCUCAUCGGUUGGGCUCGGAGCCACCAUUAGCCACAAGUUUCCGGAUGGAUCAAUAAAGGUGGUGCAGCACGCGUCACGGGCUCUAACGAAAGCAGAAGAGGGGUACAGCCAGAUUGACCGCGAAGGACUGGCUAUCAUCUUUGCAGUAACCCGAUUCCACAAGAUGCUUUAUGGCAGGCAUUUCCGCCUCCAAACCGACCACAAGCCAUUGCUGCGCAUCUUUGGAUCAAAAAAGGGAAUUCCUGUGUAUACUGCCAACCGGCUGCAGCGGUUCGCUCUAGCGCUGCAGCUAUACGACUUCGAAAUCGAGUACAUACCCACGGAUAAAUUCGGCAAUGCAGACCUGCUGUCGCGGCUCAUCAGCAAGCACGCGAAACCGGAGCAGGAGUACAUGAUCAGAAGUUGCAGCAGUUACGAAAAAGGACCCUCUACUGCGCGAAGUGUACCGCUACGUCCAAUCGGGUUGGCCAGGCAAGGUCAGUUAUGGUGCGGAAUUGGCCCAAUUCCACAACAGAAGGGAAGCACUGACGACCGUUGGCGACUGUAUCCUCUUCGGAGAGAGGAUUGUGAUUCCCGCAGCUUUGCAGCAGAGAUGCCUUAGACAGCUUCAUCAAGGGCAUCCGGGCAUCCAGCGAAUGAAGGCGAUUGCACGCAGUUUCGUGUAUUGGCCAUCAUUGGACAGCGACAUCGCCGAUCGAGUUGCUUCAUGCGAAGCAUGCCAGGCUGCGGCGAAAUCACCACCAUCCCAGAUACCAUCAUGUUGGCCGAAGCCACCUGGGCCUUGGCACCGCGUACACAUCGAUUACGCUGGACCUGUGGAGGGAGCCUAUUUCCUGAUUGCGGUAGAUGCCUACUCCAAGUGGCCGGAAAUCAUUAAAACUGCAAGUAUUACCUCAUUCGCUACAAUAUCUAUUUUGCGAGGAAUAUUUGCCAGAUUUGGACCGCCAGUUACAUUGGUCAGCGACAACGUCCAACGGCCAGGCAGAGCGAUUUGUGGAUACCUUCAAGCGAUCACUGAAGAAAAUACGGGCGAGGAACGUGUCCCUUGAAGAGGCCCUGGACUUGUUUCUUCUCACGUAUCGCUCAACACCAAAUCCUGCUUUGGACCAGCGCACACCAGCCGAAGUGAUGUUUGGAAGAACGACCAGGACAAUUCAUCAUCUAUUGCGCCCUCCUGCAGCAUCGGAGUCUACAGCGAAGGAUGACUUUCGUGAAUACCAGCCUGGUGAUUUAGUGUAUGCCAAGGUGUAUCGGGCAAACUCUUGGAAUUGGAUAGCAGGGAGGAUUGCUCGCAGAAUUGGCAACGUCAUGUACGAGGUUGUGUCGCACGACCAGAGAAGACUUCGGCGUCAUGUGAAUCAGCUCCGCCGCCGUGUCGCUAGCUCAUCAGAACGGAACGAGAUGGAUCAGCACCAAUUUCCCCUUAGUUUACUUUUAGAUGAGAUGAGUUUGACGUCUCGUCAGCAGUCGCCGUCCGCUUCGCUGCCAACGGAGCCAGCCUCAUCUUCAGCAGCACCGGCGCUGACAGGGGUUCAGCGAGCACCGGCAUCAUCGCCAGCAUCAUCCGUGCAACCGGAGGUACAACGAGCGGCUUCGUCUAGUGGCAGCAGCAACACCCAGCAGACACAGCUACCACGACGAUCUUCUAGGACUAGAAGACUGCCUCGUAGGUUCAGCGCGUAUCGGCUGAAUUAAAAGGGGGAGGUGUUGAGUGUAUACUCGACCAAGCAGCGGAGGCCCGGACCGUAACGCCGUUACUCGGUCCUGUCAACGGAUGACAGCGAUCGACGUGCCAUGCGGUUCAUCCUUCGUGUUCGGGCUUCGGGACCGAUCGGCCUCUUUCUUGAUCCAGCCGCUGCCGAGACAGGACGCGUUAGACGAGCGAAGUUUUAGCGUGUGUGUGUGCGUGUGUAAUAAGUGUAAUAAGUGUAAUGUAAUAAAUAAGUUUUAAUUUGUUGUAAACCGCAA